AUGACUGAUCUCACCAAUGCCGAGUACACCUUAUACUCGUCUCCCUUUUCCUUGUAUUCUAUGAUGGCUCGCCAUACAGUCCAGCUGGGCCCAUUGACUGACAACGCGGCACCACCAAAGAAAAUCAGUUUGAGCUUCAUGAACAAUAGCAAAAAUGAUAAUAUCAAAGAGGAAUAUCUCAAAAUCAACCCAAAAGGACAGAUCCCUUCCCUGACAGGCGAUGUCCUGAGCGAGCCCCUAACAGACAGUAUUUCAAUCUCACUGUACUUGGCAGAGAAGCAUUACCCCUCUUUGCUACCAGCGGCACAUGCUACGGUGAUCAGGCAGCUCCUAGGGAGAAUUCACCAGAUUCAUGGUCUCUCCAUCAACAACAAGAAGGCGACACCCGAAAUGCAAAAGUAUAAUCCUUCACCAGCGGCGGAUAUUCUCAAGAGGACGGAUAUUAGUCCCGAAUAUCGUAAAGCUCUCGAGUUCAAGCUUAAAUUUCACGAUGAGACGAACGCGCUGGCUUUUCAGCCGGAGAAGAUCACAGAGUCUCUCGCAGAUCUGAGAGCCAUUUUGGCGGAGAUCUCGGACCACGGCAAGCAAAGCGGCGCUUUUGGGGACAAAUUCGAAUGGAUCUUUGGUGCUCAAGUAGGGCCAACUGUGCUCGACAGCCAUCUCCUGCCGCUCUUACUGCGCAUGCUUGAGGUUGGUAAUGCCCAUGUAGUCCCCGAAGAGCUACAACAGUGGGCUAGGGCCAAGGCAGAAAGUGUUUCCUGGGAGAAGGUAAUGCAUGGCAGACCGACAAGAUACGAUCCUUCCAUGGGGCCAAUGGAGGAAAUGGAGGAUAUGCUGACUCUGUAA